ACCCAAAUAACAGUGUCACAAGAUUUCUUGAAGCUCAAUUCUGAGUGAUUUUAGAUCAAUCACAAAUAUUAAAAUUCGAAUUUUACUUUUAUUGAAUUUGAGUAAAUUUUGAUAUGUAAAAUAACUAAACCCAACUCCAACCACUUGUUUAUCAAGACAGUGUGUGAAGGAUGUGGGCUGCUGCUUCUCUCUCUGCACCUUCUUGUGCUGCACUACACACAAUAUUCCACAAACCCAUCAAAACUAAAUAUUUUCACAAUAAAGACUCGAUUUUUACUCAUAAAUUGCUUCGAAAUCCAAGGCAAAUCAACGAGCCCGCCACCGUUUCAGUCAGCUUUUGUGCUACUUCUGAAGAUUCUUUCCUCCAUCCAAAUCAAGAUUUCAGUAAUAAUCAGGAAAACAAAGGAUUCUGGCAGAAAUGGAAGGAAAAUUCAGCAAAAAUGAGCCGAAAAGUGGCAAAACUGGGGCUGGCGGCAGUUCUUGCAUACGGUAUAUUUGAUGGGGUGACAUACACUAGUUUCUUUGUGGCUGCAUUUCUUGGGUAUGAGAAGAGCACUGGCAACAAUCCUGCUGCUAAUCUUCAAGCUCUACUGGGGAUAGUUAUUCUGAUGUGGGGCGGGAACAACGUAACGAGACCAUUUCGAGUGGCCGGAGCUGCUGCAAUGGCACCUCUCAUCGACACAGGAUUAAGGAGAAUACAGAAGUACUUCAACUUCCCAAGUGUUACAUAUGCUUUUGGCCUUGUUGCAGGAAUUGUGGUUGGAUUAUGCGCGACUGCAGUCGGGCUGCUUGUACUCUCGAGAUGGGGGAAGUGAAACGAGAGCCAAAAUAUUCCCAGAUUACCUUCAAAGUCUUCACCUUGCUUCAUGAAUGGGAAGAAAUCUUGCAUCUUGUAUGGUUCCAAGAUAAAUGAAAUUAUUUGUAUACUAAGUAGAAGAAAUGGGAUUCUUUCUUUCUUGAGUUGAAGAUUCCAAAUGUAUAAACACAUGAUUCUUCAACAAAUAAAUGGUACAACAUUACUCA